AUGGAUGAAAAUGGAUGUUUGGUUGAUGAGAAAAUAUUGAUGUUUAUCAUGAAAAUUAUACUGCUGAUAGUGAUAACAAUUGUACAAUAUACCGAAUCAUUACAAACUGUAAAACGACAAGGAAUAUUUGGACUAUGUCAAGGAUGGGGAGCAGGAUGUGCAAUGGAUUUUCGCUCACCAAUUUUACCUCCAAAAAUAAUUAAACAAAAGCUUUACCAACCCAUUCCUAAAUCGAAACCGGAUGUUAGUUUUAGACCACAUUCAUUUUUCUUCACAUCAGGCGAGUCGUGGAAUCCUAUUGGAAAGCGCACUGCCUGGUUUACAGAUAUACCAUUUUUAAGAAAUCCUUUAUUAAAGUACCCAUCUGUACAGAAGCUUCCAGUCAGGAAUCCAUUAUCAUUGCGUUAUCCACUUGUAUACCGCUCAUCAUUAGAGAAGUUUUUCCCAAGAAACUUUGUGGUAGAGUGAAGAAGUUGAUGCGACAAAUGGAUUCAUAUAAUGCUAAUAAAGUUGAGGUUUAGAG